AUGAAUGAUGACGUUAGAGAUUGUGUUGAUAAUCCUUUAGUUUAUAAAGAAGGGAUUUUCCGAACCAUACUUGAUGGUGAAUAUUAUAAAGAAAAUUCGUUUUUCAAAGAAAAUGCGAACGCUUUAGCUAUAGUUUUAUACAUGGAUGAGUUAGGAGUUGCUAAUCCACUAGCUUCUAGUUCUAAAACCCAAAAGUUAACAAUGUUCUAUUGGACUCUUGCUAACAUUAACCCAAAUUUGCGUUCAUCACAAAAUGCGAUCCAAUUACUAGCUAUAGUUAAAAGUUGUUAUUUAAAACAGCCAGGUGCUUUGAAUAAAGUCUUAAAGCCUUUUAUCGAUGAUAUUAAAAAUUUGCAAACCCAAGGAAUUAACGUCACCAUCAAUGGUGUCCCGAAAAAUUAUAAAGGUUCACUAUUAUUUUUUUCGGGUGAUACUCCUGCUUCUGCUUUAAUGGGUGGUUUUAAAGAAUCUGUGUCAGCACAUCGCCCAUGUCGAACUUGCAUGUUUACAAAAGACGAAAUCAAACAACAUGUUAGAGAGACUGAUUUUCUUUUACGAAACAAAGAUACACAUCAAGAACAUUUGGAAGCAAUCAACGAUAAUACAACUCAAGCUACAAAAAAUUUUUGGCAAUUAUUUUAUGGAAUUAAUACUGUAAGUCCGUUAGCAGAUAUUCCAUUUUUUGAUGUGACUAUGUGUUUACCACAAGACUGUAUGCACGUUUUAAAUGAAGGAGUUACUGAACUUCUCAAUGAACAAUUAACUGCAUUCGAAUUCGGACACUUUAGCCGAGAUAAACCAGCAAUAAUCCAAAAUAAUGACCUUGCUGAUGAUAAGAAAUUACGACAAAGUGCAGCACAAAUGUUUGUUUUAGCACAUACUUUACCAUUUUUAAUUGGCCAAUGGAUUUAUAAUAGCGAUGACGAAGGUGUUACUGAAAGGCUUGAUUGUUUAAUUUUAUUACUGCAGAUAAUGAACUUGUGUCUGGCAUAUGAAAUACACGAUGACUCAAUUGAUACUCUAAGUCAACAUAUACCGAGAUAUAUAAAACUGUUUGGUCCAGCACGACAGCAAUGGUGCUUUCGAUUUGAAGCUGCACAUGCCUACUUUAAAGCUCUUGUAGCAAUAGUGCGAAGUUUUAAAAAUAUGCCUGACACAAUGUGUUAUCGUUAUCAAUCACGUAUGUGUUCCAGACUUUUUGUUAAUCCUGGUCAAUCAUCGAAAACUUUUUUAUACGAAGGUGAUAACAUAACGCCUGGACCAAGUGUACUUUUAGUCAAUCUACCAUAUAAAAAAUUAUUUGAUGACCUAGUUAAUGACUUUGAAAGGAGCGUGUGUUCUGUUAUGAGAUCACCGAAAGUUACUAUUCAUAGUACUAGUUAUAGCCAUGGAAGUGUAAUUUUACUUGAAUGUAACGAGGAAAUAAUGCCUAUAUUUGCAGAAAUUGAUGAUAUUUGUAUACUAAAUUCCCAAGCCUGGAUCGCCACUGAAUGGCCGAGAUAG